UUUGGUUAUUUCCUCCUUUUCAAGUGGAAAACAGAUUUAUUUCUUCUCCUGUUUUAACUUUUCAAAAACAUCAUUAUCACCAAAAGAAAGACUAACAGACAGAAAUGUGGCUUCCUAAGACCAAUGGAUCAAAGAAGGCAGGAACUGGGUUGGUGGCAGUCGCUAUAGACAAAGACAAAGGAAGCCAAAAUGCUCUGAAAUGGGCACUUGAGAAUCUCUUGUCCAAGGGCCAAACUGUUGUUUUAGUCCAUGUUCUUCACAGAGUCGCAUCAUAUACUGGCCCUGGAUACACCUGUGAUUUUAACUCAACUACAAAGCACCAACUCGACAAGAUGACCAAGGAACUCUUCCUUUCAUUUCGUUGCUAUUGCACCCGCAAGGAUGUACAAUGCCUCGAUAUCGUACUCGAAGACCAAGAUGUGGUUAAAGGACUGGUUGAGUAUGUUUCCUAUGCUGCAAUUGAGAAUUUGGUAAUUGGUGCCUCGCGACAUGGAUUCAUCAGAAAAUUCAAGGCAGAUAUACCAACCAGCGUAUCAAAAGGGGCGCCAGAUUUCUGCAAUGUGUAUGUCAUCUCCAAAGGAAAGAUAUCUUCCAUGCGACAAGCUUCUCGUUCAGCUCCAUAUGCCUCCCCGCUUAUAGAUCAAAUACAGAGCCAAAGCAGCAGGCCAAGUGAUGCUUCUUCUGAUACGCUAUCCAUGCAUAGUGGAAGUAUGAGAGCAGAAUGUCCAGUAGUCAAGCCUCGCAUAUCACUUGAUGAAUCUUUCAAAUCCCCAUUUGAAAGAGGAGGGCGAGCUUUCAAUGUCAAAUCAUUUGCAGAAUUCAUGGAUUCUGAAACUGAUAUAUCAUUUGUCAGCUCUGGCAGGCCAAGCACCGACCGAUCAUCUUCUGUUGCCUUAGAUUUCAUCGAUUCAUGCCUGACAUCACGGCUUUCAACUAGCUCAGAGACAAGCUUUGGAUCAAUACGUUCAGGACCAAAGUUCAACGACUGUAGUUCUCUGCAUGAGUUCUCCACAUUUUCACAUGAGAGUGGAGCAACAUCGUUUUCAGGUUCAUCACAAAGCAUGGAUGAUAUGGAAGCUGAAAUGAGGAGGCUAAAACUAGAGCUGAAGCAAACAAUGGACAUGUAUAGUACUGCAUGCAAAGAAGCUCUCACAGCAAAACAAAAGGCAGUGGAGCUUCACCGCUGGAGAGUGGAAGAAGAACGAAGAAUGGAAGAGGCUAAACUUGCCGAAGAAGCUGCAUUGUCAGCCGUACAGAAAGAGAAAGCCAGAUGCAGGGCAGCUAUGGAAGCGGCUGAAGCGGCUAAGAAGAUCGCAGAACUAGAAGCACAAAAGAGACUAAACGUAGAACUAAGAGCCCUCAAAGAAGCGGAAGAAAUGAAGAAAGUAAUGGAUGCUUUAGCCCAACAAGAUCUUAGAUAUAGGAGAUACAGUAUUGAGGAGAUUGAACAGGCAACAGAGUACUUUGCUGAAUCACGUAUGAUUGGAGAAGGAGGUUAUGGUCCAGUUUACAAGUGUUAUCUUGAUCAUACACCUGUUGCAGUUAAGGUAUUACGACCAGAUGCAGCCCAAGGCAGGUCCCAGUUUCAGCGGGAGGUGGAGGUGCUUAGCUUAAUACGGCAUCCAAACAUGGUACUCCUUCUAGGAGCGUGCCCAGAGUAUGGAGUUCUAGUGUAUGAAUACAUGGCUAAAGGAAGCUUAGAUGAUUGUCUGUUCCGGAGAGGGAAUACCCCAGUUCUUCCUUGGCAACUGAGGUUCAGAAUUGCGGCACAAAUAGCGACAGGUCUACUGUUUCUCCAUCAGACAAAGCCAGAGCCACUGGUGCACCGUGACCUGAAGCCAGGGAAUAUAUUGCUAGACCACAACUAUGUGUGUAAGAUAAGUGACGUUGGAUUGGCAAGGCUAGUACCAGCAGUGGCGGAGAAUGUAACACAGUACCACAUGACAUCAACAGCAGGGACAUUCUGCUAUAUUGAUCCAGAGUAUCAACAAACGGGGAUGCUAGGGGUGAAAUCUGAUGUGUAUUCCUUGGGAAUAAUGCUGCUGCAAUUAAUAACGGCGAAGCCACCAAUGGGUUUGACUCACAUGGUAGAACAAGCGAUUGAGAAGGGAAGCUUCAAGGAGAUUCUAGACCCAGCAGUGGGUGAUUGGCCAAUGGAAGAGGCAUUGACCUUUGCAAAGCUAGCACUGCAAUGUGCAGAACUAAGGAGGAAAGACAGGCCAGAUCUUGGGAAGGAAGUGCUGCCAGAGCUGGAAAGAUUAAGGAGUCUUGCGGAGGAGGAUAUGAACCACAUGCUUUUGGGGAGCAGUGGAGGCCCCUCCCCACACCACAGCUAUGUUUCAAGAACAACGACACAGGAAGUGAUAAGUGAUCCAUUAGGGGGACGUCCAGAAAGCUUAUAUAGCCAAUCAAGCAUAUCAUCAUCAUCAUUAGCAGAAACACAAGCUGAGGCCGCACAUAACUAAAAGCUAGUGGGAGGCUGCUCCAUCAUUAUUACCUCAUCUAAAAAGAACAAAAGCAUAUACUAAAUUACGCAGUUGGGGAGCACAGAGUUUUGGAGUUUGGUGUGGGGUGUACAUAUGUACUAAACAUUACUGACGAUUACUAAUAUUGAAACUCAAAAUCUUUGUAAUUAUUAGUGGUAACAAUACUAGUAUGAGAGAAGAGUAGCUGAAUUCUUUUCUUUUACCAACACAAGUCUCAAUAAACAGCAUCUGCUUUCAGUUUGAUGGAAAUGCAGAGAUUGUUAUUCUUUUUAUUAGUACAACUAUAACAUAUUCUGUUUCUAUGA